CCCUCUAUGCCUACUUUCUGGGUUUUUUUUAAUCAUAAAUGGGUGUUGAAUUUUGUCGAAAGCUUUUUCUGCAUCUAUUGAGAUGAUCAUGUGGUUUUUCUCCUUCAAUUUGUUAAUAUGGUGUAUCACAUUGAUUGAUUUGUAUAUAGUGAAGAAUCCUUGCAUUCCUGGGAUAAAGCCCACUUGAUCAUGGUGAGUUUCUAAAAAAAUGUUAAAGUUGUCAGCUGGUAUGGUAAGUAUCUUGUCUGUUUCCAGGGGAUUCCUUUGAUCAGUACCAUGUCUGUGCUGGCAAACAACUGAGGCUAAAUAAAGGAGUGUGGAAAUAUGAAUGAAAUAGUGCUAUUUACUAUCUGAGUGCAGCACACGUACCAAUGAACAGGAAGGUGAUGUGGAGAUCAGGAAGGCAUUAGUAACAAGCAAAGAUAUGAAAGGGGUUCAUCUUCAGCAAAUCAAAAGUACAUAACUGAAGUCCUCAGUCUGGUCGGAAUUGGGCCCUGAAUGGAGCCGAUAAGGUGACCAGAGAGAGUUAGAAGUGCUACAAUAUGCUUCCAUAACACUCCAUACUUCUCCAAUCAUAGCACUUAUAAAAUUUUAUUGCGUCGUUUGUUAGUUUCAUGUUAUUCUUGCAGAGUUACAAGAUGUGUGAAGACAGAGAUGGCUCAUCCAUGCCUGCUCCAUAGACAAUGUGUAAUAGAUAUUUUUAAAAAUAAGUAAGUGAAUGAAUAAAUGAAUGGGGGUAAAGAUGAGGACACAAAUGUGGAAGAGGGAGGUGGACAUCAGAGAAUGUUGCCUGGUUCCAGUGGGGUGACCCGGAUCAGCACAGGCCUGAUGCUAGCCACUCCAACACAACUCCUUUCUUUCUAAUCCACUUCUCAUUCUCUUUGGGAAGGAUUGAGGUCUCUGGAAAAUAGCCAAAAAACAAUUAAGGGAGCGGCCAGCCCAAAUUAAUGCUCAAGCAUCAGGAGUAUCUGAGCACUGAAAGCCACUUCUAUUCACCCUCUCUCAGCUGAAGGGGUGAGAAAGGGUUCCCAAAGCCAUAACUCUUUUUAGGUGGAUUUAGAAGGCAUAUAAAGGCCCCUGACUGAGGACUUGCCUCCUCAUUUCCACAACUGGUGCCAGAACUCUCAAUCCUCCACUGAGAGAAAAUGUCCAUCCACCCAGGCUAGACUGGCAGUAUGCACCAGCAUUGAGCAGAGAGCAUCUUUUCUCCUGGAGCUCUGCCUCUGUCUCCGUGGACUUCCUGAGAUUCCACAUGGGCUUCCUCCUCAUUAUUCCACCAUUUCAGAGUCGAACAUCCUGCUGGUGGUUACAAGAAACUGUUUGAAACUGUGGAGGAACUAUCCUCACCGCUCACAGCUCAUGUUACAGGCAGGAUCCCCCUCUGGCUGACGGGCAGUCUCCUUCGAUGUGGGCCAGGACUCUUUGAAGUUGGAUCUGAGCCAUUUUACCACCUGUUUGAUGGGCAAGCUCUCCUGCACAAGUUUGACUUUAAAGAAGGACAUGUCACAUACCACAGAAGGUUCAUCCGCACUGAUGCUUACGUACGGGCAAUGACUGAGAAUAGGAUCGUCAUAACAGAAUUUGGCACCUGUGCUUUCCCAGACCCCUGCAAGAAUAUAUUUUCCAGGUUUUUUUCUUACUUUCGAGGAGUGGAGGUUACUGACAAUGCCCUUGUUAAUAUCUACCCAGUGGGGGAAGAUUACUAUGCCUGCACAGAGACCAACUUCAUUACAAAGAUUAAUCCCGAGACCUUGGAGACAAUUAAGCAGGUUGAUCUUUGCAACUAUGUCUCGGUCAAUGGAGCCACUGCUCACCCCCACAUUGAAAAUGAUGGGACUGUUUACAAUAUUGGUAAUUGCUUUGGGAAAAAUUUUUCAAUUGCCUACAAUAUUGUAAAGAUCCCUCCACUACAAGCAGACAAGGAAGAUCCAAUAAGCAAGUCAGAGAUUGUUGUACAAUUCCCCUGCAGUGACCGAUUCAAGCCAUCUUACGUCCAUAGUUUUGGUUUGACUCCCAACUAUAUUGUUUUUGUGGAGACACCAGUCAAAAUUAACCUGUUCAAGUUCCUUUCUUCAUGGAGUCUUUGGGGAGCCAACUACCUGGAUUGUUUUGAGUCCAAUGAAACCAUGGGGGUUUGGCUUCAUAUUGCUGACAAAAAAAGAAAAAAGUAUAUCAAUAAUAAAUACAGGACAUCUCCUUUUAACCUCUUCCAUCACAUCAAUACUUAUGAAGACAGUGAGUUUCUGGUUGUGGAUCUCUGUUGCUGGAAAGGAUUUGAAUUUGUUUAUAAUUACUUAUAUUUAGCCAAUUUACGUGAGAACUGGGAAGAGGUGAAAAGAAAUGCCAGAAAGGCUCCCCAGCCUGAAGUUAGGAGAUACGUACUUCCUUUGAAUACUGACAAGGCUGACACAGGCAAGAAUUUAGUCACACUCCCCAACACAACUGCCACUGCAAUUCUGUGCAGCGAUGAGACCAUCUGGCUGGAACCUGAAGUUCUCUUUUCAGGGCCUCGCCAAGCAUUUGAAUUUCCUCAAAUCAACUACCAGAAGUAUAGUGGAAAACCUUACACAUACGCAUAUGGACUUGGCUUGAAUCACUUUGUUCCAGACAGGCUCUGUAAGCUGAACGUCAAAACUAAAGAAACUUGGGUCUGGCAAGAGCCUGAUUCAUACCCCUCAGAACCCAUCUUUGUUUCUCACCCAGAUGCCUUGGAGGAAGAUGACGGUGUAGUUCUGAGUGUGGUGGUGAGCCCUGGGGCAGGUCAAAAGCCUGCUUAUCUCCUAAUUCUGAAUGCCAAGGACUUGAGUGAAGUUGCCAGGGCUGAAGUGGAUAUUAACAUCCCUGUCACCUUUCAUGGACUGUUCAAAAAAUCCUGAGCACAUUCUAGCCUAAUAUGUUUCUGGUGACAAAACCCAGAAAAACAUAGUCAGGUCUGCAGUCAAAUUCUGUUCAGUUUUAGCCUGCUGUAUAUGAGUUUUAACUUGCAGGUGCACACAAUUUUGCAGUGUUUUACAGAACAUACAGAGUUGAGUAAGCAAUUCCUUUUAAAAAAUGCAUAUUUAGGUAAUCAUACUUUCUCUGUGAGACAGACACAUCAUAACUAAAAAUUAUAUAUUUACAAUCAAAGAGCAAAUGAAUGUGGAUUUAUUAAACUGUUUUUUAUUCCUAUUAUAAAAGUAUAUUUUAGGUACCUAUCUGCUCCAAUUAUUUUUUAACUCUUAAAAGCCAGUCCUCUACACCUGAUUUGUAUGUGGCUUUGCCAAGUCAAAGCAGUACCUUGCAAAAAGGCUUAAUUAUUAAAUGUCAAACCAAACUUUUUCUCAAACCAGGGACUAGCAUCUAAGACAAUCAUUGUAAUUGUAUGCAUAUAUAUAUUAUUGUUCAAAGAGUCUCAAGUUUUAUAAACUUUAACAUUUCCGUUUAAUGUAAGCAAUUACUACUAUUUCUGAUUUUACAAUGAGGAAACCUAUCUCUAAUCCACUGAGGGCUCUCAACCAAAUAACUUCUCAGAGAUUAAGUUAUCUAUUAAAAGCUUAUAUAACAUCCAAGCAAUUACAUAUAGUGGUGACUGUAAUUUUUUUUAAACACAGAGCAUAAAAUACUUACAAAUAUAAUUUCUGUUUAAAAUCAGAGUAUGGGGUAAUAAUGUGUGUGGGGGGGGUUAUACUUUGUUGGCUCAUCUGCUUAAUUAUAUUUAAGCACUGUGCAAUCACCUGAAAGUGAAAAAAGAGAAAUAUUGUCAUUAACUUUCCAAUAUUAAUAUAUUUUAAGUACUUUUGUUUUUAAAAUUAUUCUCUUCUGAGCUACAUAUUGCAAAAAAAUGAAGAUUGACAAAAAUGUUUAUUCUGUAUCUUAAUCCUGGCAUCUAUUUUAUGCUCAAAAGUAUUACAUAUCAAUCAUUGUAUUUAAGAUGAUCAGCAUUGUGUUUGACUAAGUAAAAACAGCUUGAAGGAACAGACUGACUAGUGUACUUGACGCAUCCAUUUGAUUUCUUUAUUUAGAUAAAAUGCAAACUCGUUUUUUAAAAUUAUAAAUACUCAUUAAAACAUACUUUUCAAAGAAAAUCUAAAAUUACAAGAAAGUGGAAAUUAUAAAGUAAAAUCAAACACAGCUCAUCUAAUCUCAACUACUGGUCUUUUCCAUCAUUUUUCCCCUGUGUGGAUUUUUAAUGUAAUCAUUUCUUUGUGGGUAAUUCCUAGGUAGAGCUAGAUAUCUCAAAAAAUAAAAAGGAAAAUGCCAGAAAAUAACAUGGAAUAUGUGACUAUAGAUAAACAUCAGUCUGUUGUUUUUGUCUCUAGACAUGGCACAUGAACAUAGUUCCACAAAGAAGGCUAUUUAUCCAUUUCUUUUAAAAAUGAAGACAAUAAAUUACUGAAUAAUUACUAAGUUUUAUACUUACUUAAGUCUUUAAAUUUUAGAGAAUUCCCCAAACUCUCACUUCCUACACUUGCCAAUCAAUCAGUCCCUGCCUUCUUCCCAUUCCUUUUCCAUAAGCAAGUCUGGCAAUUUGGUGUGCCCACUUCUCCUGUUGCAGGAUCCCAUUUUGAGCCCUGUGCUGUAUGGAGAUCACCACAGUGUUCAGAAGGGAGAGAGGCACAUCUGACUAAAACAUUCUGACAAUACCAUUUCACCAAAAUUGGAAUUGUCUAUAUAAUCAUUGCUAAUAUUAUACCAAGAAGGCUUAGGAGCUGUUUUCAAUUGCAAAGAUAGAAUAUGAGCUUUAAAAACUUACAUUAGAAUAAGGGAGAUUUAAAUCAGGCAAGAAGGAUUAACUUGGAAAUUCAGAUUGAAAAAAUUAAGUAACCUGGUUUCUAAGAAUCAGAGGUAUUCAUCUAGGGGAAUCUAGAGAAUCAUGUCCCAUCCAUAAACAAACAAAUCUGUUUUAAGGGAAAAAUUCAAUUGAAUUAAGAUAAAUAAA